UAUCAGUGUCAACGUUUCGGUGAAGGUGUCUAGAUUGGCUGACGAUGAGUAAGAUUGCGAAUCGCGCGGGAUGAAUCUGUUGGAUCGUAACAUUUUUUACCGGUGAGUUUCACCGGUUCACAAGUCAACGCGGUUUGAACAUAAUCAUUGGGCCGCUUCUGCUGGAUGAAGCUUAAUCCUGUUACAUAAUCAAAGUUAGUGGAAUUUUUAUACGUACGAAGUAAUGUUUCAUAAGUAUCAAAAUGGCGAGACGCGUGUAGAGGACGAGAUACAGGCGUGACUUUGAACUUUAAAUAAAAAUAGCCCGCGACGUCCAAUCCGUACGCCUGUCGCAGCUUCAUUCGGUUAACUCGAGUAGAAGCAGUCGUAAACGUAAAGCAAACCACUACAAUGAUCUAGUGCGCCUUCACCGUGAUCUUUUGAUGACUUUGUGUCAAAUUGCCGCCCGGGUGGUGUGAAUAAAUUUACCUGCGUGUUCGUGGAACUGUGAAUAUUCUAAACAAAGUUUUUCUUCAGUUUGACGAUCACAGAUCUGUGUAUACAGAAUAUGACCAUCAAUUUUUUACAUACAUGUGUGAUAACGUCGCGAAUUUCCGGCUUUUCGUUGUGUGUGCCGUUGCUGCGGGUGGAUAACAGUGGAAUGUCAUCCCAGAUGUCAGAGCUAGGGAGUAAUGCUGAAUCUGAUGUUGGAAUAGAGGCCCAAUACUUUGGAUCUGUUGGAUCAAGUGACCGGGUCGCGAUGAACAUUUCCGAAAAUUUGUACCUCGCGAUAACUCGGGGUCAACAAUACUGUGAUCUCGACUUUGCCAUCCCGAUGACUUUGACUUAUGUGACAAUUUUUAUUACCGGUGUAUUUGGCAAUGUUAUGACGUGUUUGGUGGUCAUCAGAAACCCCACCAUGCAAACGGCGACGAAUUACUAUCUCUUCAGCCUGGCCAUUUCCGACCUUACUCUGCUUCUACUUGGAAUGCCGUUUUUACGUUUCGUCGUGAACCGUUUGACUCUGCGAGGUUUCACGUUUCACGGCACUCGCUACUUCUGUCCCUGGAUUCUCGGGGAAAUGCAAAGCUUCCAAGAAGAGUUUCAAAUGAGUCCUUUCAGGUCAGAAAGUCUGAAAAAGCAGUGGCAGAGUGAGCUGGCGCAAUUACGACUAAGAGUGACAGCAUAUUACAAACGUUUCUGGGUUUGCACCUCAGCUAUUUACAAAUAA